UCCCCUUCCCGGCCCCCGUCCGGCCGCCCCGGCCUCGGCUCCCGCGGGGGGACACCACCAUGUACUGGCUGGCGGCGCAGGGAGGCCGGCGCCCGGCGGGGAUGUUGGGUUAACGGCAUGGAGAACAGUCACCCCCACCACCACCACCAGCAGCCCCCGCCGCAGCCCGGCCCUUCGGGCGAGAGGAGGAACCACCAUUGGAGAAGUUACAAGUUGAUGAUUGACCCGGCUCUGAAAAAGGGGCAUCAUAAAUUGUACCGCUACGAUGGGCAGCAUUUCAGCCUGGCGAUGUCCAGCAAUCGCCCGGUGGAAAUUGUGGAGGAUCCCCGGGUCGUCGGAAUCUGGACCAAAAACAAGGAGCUGGAGCUGUCGGUGCCCAAAUUCAAGAUCGAUGAGUUCUACGUGGGCCCUGUGCCUCCAAAGCAGGUGACAUUUGCCAAGCUGAAUGACAACAUCCGUGAAAACUUCCUGAGGGACAUGUGCAAGAAGUAUGGGGAAGUGGAAGAGGUGGAGAUACUGUACAACCCCAAGACCAAGAAGCACCUGGGCAUAGCCAAGGUGGUCUUUGCCACGGUUCGGGGAGCCAAGGAGGCCGUCCAGCACUUGCAUAGCACCUCUGUCAUGGGCAACAUCAUCCACGUGGAGCUGGACACCAAAGGAGAAACCCGCAUGCGCUUCUAUGAGCUGUUGGUCACCGGUCGGUACACCCCCCAGACCCUUCCAGUAGGCGAACUGGAUGCUGUCUCUCCGAUUGUGAAUGAGACCCUGCAGCUGUCAGAUGCUUUGAAGCGCCUCAAGGAUGGCAGCCUAUCUGCAGGCUGUGGCUCUGGCUCCUCCUCUGUCACCCCCAACAGUGGGGGAACCCCGUUCUCCCAGGACACAGCCUACUCCAGCUGCCGUCUGGACACACCCAACUCCUAUGGACAAGGCACCCCACUUACGCCACGCCUGGGCACCCCCUUCUCGCAGGACUCCAGCUACUCUAGUCGCCAGCCCACACCCUCCUACCUCUUCGGCCAGGACCCCACAGUGACCUUCAAGGCCCGGCGCCACGAGAGCAAGUUCACAGAUGCCUACAACCGCCGCCAUGAGCAUCAUUACGUACACAACUCUGUCGUUGCUGCAGUGGCUGGGGCCACAGCUACCUUCAGGGGCUCCUCAGACCUCCUAUUUGGAACAGUGGGCAGCAGUGGAGGCAGUAGUGGCCCUCCCUUCAAGGCCCAACCACAGGAUUCGGCCACAUUUGCCCAUACUCCACCACCGGCACAAGCAGCCCCUGCUCCUGGAUUCAAGACGGCUUUCUCCCCAUACCAGACCCCAGCACCCCCUUUUCCCCCACCCCCUGAGGAGCCCACAGCCACCUUUGGGUCCCGUGACAGUGGGGAGUUCCGGAGGGCACCUGCACCUCCACCCCUGCCACCUGCAGAGCCUCUGGCCAAGGAGAAGCCUGGCACACCACCUGGGCCCCCACCCCCUGAUACCAAUAGCAUGGAACUGGGUGGCAGGCCCACCUUUGGCUGGAGUCCUGAGCCCUGUGACAGCCCUGGCACACCCACACUGGAGUCCUCUCCUGCCGGGCCAGAGAAGCCCCACGACAGCCUGGACUCACGCAUUGAAAUGCUACUGAAGGAGCAGCGCACCAAGCUGCCCUUCCUACAUGAGCAGGACUCCGACACUGAGUUGCAGAUGGAGGGCAGCCCCAUCUCCUCCUCUUCCUCCCAGCUCUCCCCACUGGCCCCCUUUGGCACUAACUCACAGCCCCGCUUCCGUGGCCCCACACCACCCUCCUCGCCCCCCUCCAGCACAGGCCUGGAAGACAUCAGCCCGACACCACUGCCCGACUCUGAUGAAGAUGAUGAGCUGUACCUGGGGCCUCGGCCCCCACCUGAACCAGGCCCCCCAGAUCCUAUGGGUCUUCUGGGUCAGACAGCUGAGGUGGCCUUGGAUCUGCCUGGAGACAGGACCCCGACCUCAGAGAAGAUGGAUGAGGGCCAGCAGUCCUCAGGUGAGGACAUGGAAAUCUCCGACGACGAGAUGCCCUUGGCCCCCAUCACCAGCGCUGACUGCCCCAAACCCAUGGUGGUGGCCCCAGGAGCAGCAGCCCCCAAUGUGCUGGCCCCAACCAUGCCACUGCCCCCACCUCCUGGCUUUCCUCCAUUGCCCCCGCCCCCACCCCCACCCCCACCCCAGCCUGGCUUUCCCAUGCCCCCACCUCUGCCCCCGCCCCCGCCCCCACCCCCACCAGCUCAUCCUGCAGUGACAGUGCCCCCACCACCCCUGCCAGCUCCACCUGGUGUCCCGCCUCCACCCAUCCUACCACCACUGCCGCCCUUCCCGCCAGGACUGUUUCCUGUGAUGCAGGUGGACAUGAGCCACGUGCUGGGCAGCCAGUGGGGUGGCAUGCCCAUGUCCUUCCAGAUGCAGACUCAGAUGCUUAGCCGGCUGAUGACAGGCCAGGGCACUUGCCCCUACCCGCCCUUCAUGGCUGCCGCAGCUGCUGCGGCAUCAGCUGGUCUGCAGUUUGUCAACCUGCCACCCUACCGGGGCCCCUUCUCUCUGAGCAACAGUGGCCCAGGCCGUGGGCAGCCCUGGCCACCCCUGCCCAAGUUUGACCCCUCCGUGCCACCACCAGGCUAUGUGCCUCGUCAGGAGGACCCACAUAAGGCCACAGUAGAUGGUGUCCUGAUGGUUGUGCUCAAGGAACUCAAGGCUAUCAUGAAGCGUGACCUGAACCGCAAGAUGGUGGAGGUGGUGGCCUUCCGGGCCUUCGACGAAUGGUGGGACAAAAAGGAGAGGAUGGCCAAGGCUUCGCUGACUCCUGUGAAGUCAGGCGAGCAUAAGGAUGAAGACAGGCCAAAGCCCAAGGACCGAAUUGCUUCCUGCUUGCUAGAGUCAUGGGGCAAGGGUGAGGGCCUGGGCUACGAAGGCCUGGGCCUAGGCAUUGGCCUGCGGGGGGCCAUCCGCCUGCCCUCCUUCAAGGUCAAGAGGAAGGAGCCUCCAGAUACAGCUUCCUCUGGUGAUCAGAAACGGAUGCGACCCUCAACUUCUGUGGAUGAGGAAGAUGAAGAGUCAGAGCGAGAGCGUGAUCGGGACAUGACUGAUGCCCCCUGCGAGCUUGCCAAGCGGGACCCCAAGGGUGUGGGCGUGAGGCGGCGUCCAGCACGACCCCUGGAGCUGGACAGUGGAGGGGAGGAGGAUGAGAAAGAGUCUCUGUCUGUGUCCUCGUCUUCCUCUGCUUCCUCAUCCUCGGGGUCCUCUACCACCUCGCCCUCAUCCUCAGCCUCAGACAAGGAGGAGGACCGUGAAAGCACUGAAGAGGAAGAAGAGGACGAAGCAGAGGAGGAAGAGAAGGAAGGCCCCAGGAGCCAUGUCUCCUCAUCCUCAACAUCAUCCACAUCAGAUAAGGAUGAAGACGACGAAGACAGUGAGGCCCAGGGUGACUCUGACAAUGAUGACCAAGACACAGCCUUGUCAGAGGCAAGUGAGCAGGAUGACAACAGGGAUUCCGAUGAAGAGGAGACCGUGAGCAUCGCCACUUCCAAGGCUGGGGCGGAGUCAUCCAGUGAGAGUUCGGAGUCUUCUGAGUUCGAAUCAAGCUCCGAGUCCUUGUCUUCAUCGUCAGAGGAUGAAGAGGAGGAGUCAGCUGCCCAUGGGGAGGAGGAAGAAGAGGAGGAGAAAGAGGCAGCAGAGACAGCGGCAGCAGUAGCCUCAGUGGCACAGGUGGAGGAGAGCAUGCCUCCAGCAGGUGGUCAGGACAUUGAGCAGGACAGUGCAGAGCCCCCUCUGGCCCUGGAAACCUCUGUGGUGGAGUCGCCAGGCACAGAAGACGAGGUGGACAUCGAGGCUGAUGAUAAAGCCCCCAGGGAGCAGAGCCCUGUCCUGGAGGAGCCACCCUUGCCCGUGGGUACUGAGGAGCUAGAGAGGAGCCAGGAGCCUCUUGAAGAGCCAAGCCCAAGCCCAGAAGUGGCCGUGUUGCUUUCUCCAGAAGCCCCUGCCAAGGAGACAGAGGCUCAGCCCCCAUCAUCCCCUGAACAUACUCCAGAGGACCUGGAAGUGGAGCCUGAACCCCCUCCAAUGCUCUCCUUACCCCUGCAGCCACCAUUACCACCCCCUCGGCUGCCUUGGCCCCCCAGCCCACCUCCAGAGCCUGAGACCCCAGAGCCUCCACAUCCCCCUGUCCCUCUGGAGCCUCUUUCUGAGGACCAGCCACCACGUACUCCAGGCCUCUGUGGCAGCCUGGCCAAGUCACAGAGCACAGAGACAGUACCAGCUACUCCAGGCGGGGAGCCUCCACUGUCAGGAGGCAGCAGUGGCUUGUCACUCAGCUCCCCACAGGUGCCUGGCAGCCCCUUCUCCUACCCAUCCCAGUCGCCUGGCUUGAGCAGUGGGGGUCUCCCACGGACACCUGGCCGAGACUUCAGCUUCACACCCACCUUCCCUGAGCCCAGUGGACCCCUGCUGCUUCCCGUCUGUCCGCUCCCAGCUGCCCGGCGCGAUGAGCGCUCUGGCCCCCUGGCAUCCCCAGUGCUCCUGGAGACAGGCCUGCCACUCCCCCUGCCCCUGCCCUUGCCCCUGCCCCUGGCAUUGCCUGUUCCUGUCUUGAGGGCUCAGCCUCGAGCUCCUGCCCAACUGCCUCCCUUACUGCCUGCCUCCCUAGCCCCUUGCCCACCCCCCAUUAAAAGGAAGCCGGGCCGGCCCCGGCGAUCCCCACCAUCUAUGCUGUCCUUGGACGGGCCCUUGGUCCGGCCACCAGCAGGGGCUGCCCUUGGGAGGGACCUCCUGCUCCUGCCAAGCCAGCCACAGACACCCAUCUUCCCCAGCACCCAUGACCCUCGGGCCAUAACCUUGGACUUCCGGAACACAGGGAUCCCAGCACCUCCACCACCCCUUCCACCUCAGCCCCCUCCACCCCCACCUCCACCACCUGUUGAGCCUGCCAAGUUGCCCUUCAAGGAGCUGGACAACCAGUGGCCUUCUGAGGCCAUCCCCCCAGGCCCCCGGCGUGAUGAUGUCACUGAGGAGUACAUGGAGCUGGCUAAGGUGCGGGGGCCAUGGCGCCGGCCACCCAAAAAGCGCCAUGAGGACCUGGUGGCUCCUUCAGGCUCACCUGAGCCUUCACCACCUCAGCCCCUCUUCCGUCCCCGCUCGGAGUUUGAGGAAAUGACCAUCCUUUAUGACAUCUGGAACGGUGGCAUCGACGAGGAGGACAUCCGCUUUCUGUGUGUCACCUACGAGCGCCUGCUACAGCAGGACAAUGGCAUGGACUGGCUGAAUGACACACUCUGGGUCUACCAUCCCUCCACCAGCCUCUCUUCAGCUAAGAAAAAGAAGCGGGAUGAUGGCAUCCGCGAGCACGUGACAGGCUGCGCCCGCAGUGAGGGCUUCUAUACCAUCGACAAGAAGGACAAGCUCAGAUACCUCAACAGCAGCCGCGCCAGCACUGAUGAGCCCCCCAUGGACACCCAGGGCAUGAGCAUCCCAGCACAGCCCCAUGCCUCCACUCGGGCAGGGUCGGAGCGGCGAUCGGAGCAGCGCCGCCUGUUGUCCUCCUUCACCGGCAGCUGUGACAGUGACCUGCUCAAGUUCAACCAGCUCAAGUUCCGGAAGAAAAAGCUCAAAUUCUGUAAAAGUCACAUUCAUGACUGGGGUCUUUUUGCCAUGGAGCCCAUCGCUGCUGAUGAGAUGGUCAUUGAGUAUGUGGGCCAGAACAUCCGCCAGGUGAUUGCGGACAUGCGGGAGAAGCGGUAUGAAGACGAGGGCAUUGGGAGCAGCUACAUGUUCCGGGUGGACCAUGACACCAUAAUCGAUGCCACCAAGUGCGGCAACUUCGCACGCUUCAUCAACCACAGCUGCAAUCCCAACUGCUAUGCCAAGGUGAUCACAGUGGAGUCGCAGAAGAAGAUUGUCAUCUACUCGAAGCAGCACAUCAAUGUCAACGAGGAGAUCACAUAUGACUAUAAGUUCCCCAUCGAGGAUGUCAAGAUCCCUUGCCUCUGCGGCUCUGAGAACUGCCGGGGGACCCUCAACUAGGCCCCAGGUGCCAAACACCAAGGCUGUCAGCCGCAACCAGGGGCUCCUGAGGACCCUCACCAUGGGCCAGGCCCCGCCUCCCGGCCAUUUCAGGUGCUGUCCCUUGUCCCAGCGGCCACACCAGGGCCUGGCGCCCCAACACUAUCCCAGGACCUGCCCGCAGCUCCAGCCCCGCAGAGGGAAAGGGCUUCUGUCUCUCCGCCUGUGUCUCUUGCAGUUCUUCAAGAUGCCCCUUUCAGGAUGCUUUUUAUGCAGCUCUGACAUAGUCUGUCUUUGUCUCUCUAACCUCUGUCUCUCUCCAUCUCUCCCAUCUUUUCUCUUGCUGUCUUCAGCCUCAGCCUUUUCCCGUGAAUGCUGCUACAUUGUGUUGUCUUCUGAAUUUCUUCCUUGUCCUAAGAAAAGACGUUUUAACCAUUGAAAUGUGAAGACAGAAUCAGAGGGGGCACCCUGCAGAGGGCCUCGAGGCUUCAGUAUGACUGUGUGGGUCCAGGGUCCAGGUGGACUCGGGCCAGGUGCUGUGGGAGAGGGGACUGCGUCGCUGGCCUUGACCUUGGAACACUACAUACCUGGAAGGCCCUCUGUCUGUGGACACAGGGAGCAAACCCCACAACUUGGCCCAGUCCCCAAUUUCCUUUUCCCUGUGGCUAAGAGUGCUCUUUCCUCAGGGCAGACCUUGGGGAAGCCAAGCUGGUCCAGGCAGGAGCUGCCUUCCUGGAUGCUCCUGGCCACCCCACUACCCCCAAAUCCUUGGGUUCGAUGUUUACUUUCUCAUUCGGAUGCCAGCAACGAUGGAGCCUUCCAGGUGUCCCCAGCGCUGUGGGAACACUGGGAAAGGGUGUCUCCGCCUCUGUUGCCCACGCCUAGCCCAGGCAUGGGGGGAUCCCAGGGCAGACGGGUCCCCCGGCCCUGUUAUUACGGGUUGUCUAACCAUGUGCAUGUGGCAUUUUUUUUGUUGAUAAGCUUCACCCGCUCACCCCAGCCCACACCUGUGCCACCCUGCUGGUGGCUCCCCACCUGGAGGACGGAGCAUAUUUAUUUCUGGAGUGAGCAGGUUAUUUCUCUCCCAGAGAAAGGAAAAUCUUGGAAAAGAUUUUAGAAUUCAGAUCUGAGUCUUCGACAGUUCCCUUUUCCCCAAUCCUAUUCAGGGUUUAGUUCCACAGUGUGUGCUUUUUUUUUUUUCUUUUCUUUUCUUGUGCGUGUAUAAAAUCAAAACGAAGGGAAAAAAUAGGUUUUUGAUGUUCAGAACCAAUUCCUGUAGAUAGACUGCCAUAAAGGACUUUUUCUUGGGAACAUUGUUUCUUGUAGAAACAUGUGGGAAGACUUUUUUGCUCAUUUCUUUGUACUUCCAAGAAAAACAAAAACAAACAAACAAAAAACAAAAAAAAAAAGGACACACAAAAGCAAGUCCCCCAUCCCGUGGAAAGCAGAGCAGGCAUGUAUAUACUUCCUGGAACGUGACUGUUGUGACCGGGGUCCUCACUAGGAUGAGGGUGCUCCGGGUGGAGCCGCACCACCUGCCGACCAGGUGGCGGAGCCUCUGGUAUCUCAGCUUGUGUCAAGCUGCUUAUCAUGUACAUUCUGUACAAAGAAUUAUUUUUCUCUUUUUUGUUGUUGGUGGUUUUGUUGUGUGUGUUUUUAAUCUCCACAGGCCCUCUGUGUUUGAGACUAUGCCCACUGGUCUCAAAGUCAAAGGAAUCUAGUGGCAUUAAGACACAGAGGGGGUACCUGGGCACAGCGUCAACCUUCUCUUCUGUUUGCGGUUUUCUGCCUAAUUGUGCAACUGAGGAAAUAUUUAUUUUUCACAUACAGAAAUGUGUAGUGUGUAGAGAUGGAUGAUUUAAGUUCAUUUCCCCCACCCCCCUUCCAUCCCUCACGAAGCAAACAGGCGAGGGUGCUCAGAAGCGAGAGGAAGAGGGCUGGGCUCGCCGCCUGGCCCCAUCCUGUCACAAGCCCGACGUCCACCUUGGCUGGCUUGAUGAAGAGCAAGGUGCUGGGCUUCCUUCUUGCCCAAGUCCCCGUCCCACCCCUGGAAUGAUUUGCAAUAAUCCAGACAUGUUGGCCCAUUUAUUUUUUACAAGACUUUGUUUUUACUGAGCAUAUUUCUGCUUUUGAAGGGUCACAAGUUUCUGAUUUUUGCUUUUUUUUUUUCUUUCUCCUGCAAGGAAGAAAACCAACAAGUUUUAGGGUUGUCUGUGCGUAUAGACUCUGUUAUCCAUAUGUAACUUGUUUUUGAAGAGAAGUGUUUCCGUUGUGGGUGUGUCUUGCUGUAAAUAUUUGUUCAUAUUUUUGUGAAUUCAAUACUAUGUACCAUUGUAUUAUAGUAACUUUUAUAAAGCAAACCAUAAAUAUACUGACUUUUCUUACAGAUA